AUGGAGGUUUAUCAGCUGAUAUGUGUUUGGCUUUGCAGGUGUCGGGCCUUGGUGUUAAUAUUCCAUGUAAUUCAGCUAGUAACAUGUAGUUGUAAACAUCAAUAAUCAGGAGGAGAAUUCAGCAAUAUCACAUACCAACCAGUGCAGUCGAUAAAGCCAGUUAUAACUGCUCAUAUAUCCACCCUGUCUGUUAAGUGACCCUAAAGCAGCACAUACACAACCCCUGUAUUUGUAAUAAAAAUAUAUAUCUUCAUUUUGUUGGACAUUAUUAGACCCAUUACAUGUCUACACACAAAGAAGAAAGGAAACUAUAAAUAAUUGGGACAUUGUUACUGUGUUACCAUCUUCAACAUUGUACCCUGAUGAUUAUAAUUGGUGGUAGCAGAUGUAGUGUAAUGGCGACCUUUUGUGACAGUGAAAAUGUUUGACCUAAAGGUAACUUGCGUCAUGUGCAACAUUGCACUUCUGUUGAUUUUGAUUGGUGGUAGCAGACGCAGUGUAAUGGGGAACUGGCUGCAGUAAAAGUUUAUAAGCCAGUCAUUUCAUCAGUAGAACACCACGUGUCCCAACUCUGGCCAAGUGAAUCAGGUUGCAUUAUAUGUCAUAGCAGGCAAGAUGGACACGGUCAGGUUUCUGAUGGGACUUCGCUAUGUUAUUAACUUGCAAUCAUUUCCUCUAUUUUGCCUCUACCUCCUCAUGAUAUUCUUCUCAGGUUACUGGCAGAAAUGGACCAAACCACUGAAUCUUAAACCGCUGCUGAUCCUUCACAACUUCACCUGCUGUGUGACCAGCAUGUACACGUUCUACGGCUUCAUCCGUGGGGUCUACAAAAGCGGCCAUCUCUACUCCAAGGAAAUAUCAGAAGAGCUGACCUUUGUCUUCUGGGUUUACUACAUAACCAAGGUCAUUGAACUUCUGGACACCGUGUUCAUGGUCCUCCGACAUCGUCGGCGCCAGAUCUCCUUCCUCCACGUCUACCACCACUCCAGCAUGCUGCUACUCACUAACUUCGGCCACUUAUAUUUCCCUUUUCCGUGCAUCGCCGUAUUCCAAUCCCUCAACUCUCUGGUUCAUGUGGUUCUGUACCUCUACUAUGGUCUCACUGCCAUGGUACCGAACAACCCUCCUCAAUGGAGAAAGCAACUUACACAGAUGCAGAUAAUUCAAUUUCUUAUUGAUUUUGCUAUAUCACUCUAUGGAGUUGUGUACUAUGAUUUUUGUUUUUAUAGCCUUUUUUAUGGAAUAACCAUGACUACUCUAUUUUCUAACUUUUAUUAUCAGGCUUAUGUUCGAAAGCGAAAACAACCUGAAGACAAGAUCAAGUCAAACUGAUGUGUGUCUGUUAAUACUGCUGCCAUAGAUAAAAGUAAAGCAGAUACUCUCCAUUUUAAAUUGUCCCGAGGGAAAGUAGUGUUUUAAACAUAUAAACAGCAUGUUUCAACGCAGGUUUAGAUUGUAACAUUUAGAUAUAGUUCUGACCAUAACAGGCUCAGAUUAUGUUUGACGAAGGCCAGAUGUUGGAAAUAUAUCAGCACUCAUUGAUAUACCAUAAGUUGUAAGUUGGAUUCAAGAUUUACGACUUUAAUCACCACAUACUGAUGCAGAUUUUCCACUCUCAGGAAGAACGUUCUGAUCAGUGUUUCAUAAUGAUGCUCAUUAUGUAGAUCUGGUAUAAAGGGCACAGUUUAAUCUGUGAUGCUGUUCUUGUAAUCGAAGACUGAAAAUUGUUUUUAUUACACUGGAUCAUACUUUUUUUUUUAAAAGUGCAGUUUGGAUUUCCUUACACUGUGUGUGCAAGAGUAUAUGAGAAGCUUGUUGAUGUCUACUAUUUCUAGGUCUCAGGGAAAGAUACAUCAGUGAUCCUAUUCCCGUGCACUAUCGUCAGUGGCUCCAGUUAACUAGUAUGCAGAUCGAUGCUGAUGACGUCAAUCAUAGGCUUGUCUGGUCCAGACUCAAUUGUUUAUAGACAACAUCAUAUAGCUUGAAUAUUGUUGAGUGUGGCAUUAAAUAAAUGAAUCAAAAUAAAACUGUCAAAAGGUGUUGUUAAUAAAUGUGAACUGUAUAAAAGAAAUGUGGGCUUUUGCUUAUCCUUUUUGUAUUAAUUUUCUUCCUUGGAUCCGCCAAUGGAUCGCAUCACACUGUCACACAGACAAACAUGAGUGAGUGAGUUUCAAAUAAAGCAAUAUGGUAUAGGUGCCACUAGGUUGUACAAUAUAUGGCCCCGUUUGUGUUUCGGAACUUGGGUCUGUUUUUGUCUCCAUGUGUGUUUGUAUCGCGGAGUCUGUACUGCCUCGGAUUCGCAUAUAUAAGGCUUGCGAUAUGUGGUGCUUCUUUUUCGCCUCCAAGAGAGACAUGGGCUUUCUAGUCUGGCAGGAGGUGCACUUCCACUGGGUUUCACUACUAUACUAUGUAUACUCCAACACACAGAACACAAAAAGUAGUCCAAGACACAGAACACAAACGGUAGUCCACCACGAGAGCUACACAACAAUAUGAAAAGUGACAAUGUUCCACGCGGAAUGUUUUUAAGAGAUGUCAGUGGGUAUAUGUAUUACUGUCUGAAUGACGCUGGGGGCGAAGUGAAAAACGAUGCCUAACACAAACUGAAGAGAAUAAGUACGCACAUUACACCAUCGAUAAACUAGGUAUUAGUUGGUUCCAGACGCUUAUUCUUACAUUGAACAGUACAUAUUUGAUCAUUUUCCAACUUUUAAGCAAUAUUUUCUAUCAGAUUUUGAAGUCAUCUACGAGGGUGUUGUUUUUCAAUCAAAUGGUGCAAUAUACUCCAAAUCCAAAAAUAUUAAAAUGGCAUCAAGUUUUAUCGUCAGUGAAGACAAGGUGAUUUUGACUACUGCGAUCCGAAAAUAAUCCACUCUGGACCAGGCAAUCCAGCGUUCAACAUCAGGAACAUUGCUCUACCCAAUUAAGAUCCGAUGACAUGUGUCAGCGAGCCUGACCACUCGAUCCCGUUAUGACAAGCAUGGGUUGCUAAAGAUCAAUUUUAAACCGGGUCUUUAUAAGUCGACAUUCUGAGAGUGACACACCGAAUCACUAACACAUAUUCAGCGUUCCAGUCCAUUCAUAGCCAUCAUUGCCAGCCUGGUUCCCGGGGUCUUCUGCGCUAACGCUAUGACGCUGUCGAAGCAUUAGCGCAGCUGACCCCGGGAACCAGGCUGUAUCAAGGCCUCCAGGAAUGGAAGUCCGGUAACACAGGUAGUCUAAACCACGUACUCUUUGUAUCCCGCUGAAUUGUGUAAAUUGGCGAGACUCUAACUUCUUCAAAAAAGCUUCUGUACCUGAGUGAGCUAGAUCGCUGAUAUUGUGGGCAUUUAGGAUGUGCAACCAGAUGACGUCACAACAGACUCAUAGUCGGAUCCAGUGUGCGUGCGUGCGUACGUGUGUGCGUGCGUGCACGCGCGCAGCGGGCCAGGUGGGUAUUGAAUGGUUCACCCAACAAACUAGAUCCAUUUGAACUGUCCUUUUGAAAGUUGAAAACGCGGCUGUUACCAACACGUUUAUAACCAUAUAAUUCGUUUAAACGCUUAAUAAUGACGUUGAGGUUUCUCUCCUCUUCACCUAGAAAUUCAACACGCCCUUCUGCCAGGAUAGAUGAUGUGGUUCAUUGUUUUACGCACCACACAAAUGUGCGUCCAGUACGCACAAUACCGCAUCCGGAGAGACGCACAAAUAUACCAAGAAAUUAAAGUACCCCCAGUGAAUCAAGAGUAAUUAUCUAUGUCUGUUAUUUCACCCAGCCCUCAUGACCACUGUCCACAUGACCACCGAUUCAUUCCAGGCUCGGAAGUAGUGAGUUAGGUAGGUAUAAUAUUACGUCGUUUUUAGCAAUAUUCCAGCAAUAUCACGGUAGGGGACACCAGAACUGGUGUCACAUUGUACCCAUGUGGGGAAUCGAAGAUAUACUUGUUGCGUGUUGAGAGUGUAUUGUAGACUAGAUACCUCACAACGCAAGGUGGUCAAAACAUUUAAAGAGAUAUUUUGACGAAAGUUAGUCUUUCAGUAUUCACAACCGACACACAUACGUUCUGAUAUUGUAACUGUAAUUACCAGUGAUAAUUUACUUGCACCAACGGGCUGUUACUCGAUGUUGAACAUAAUACACAAUGAACAUAAAGACUUGUCAAAAGGGUCGUUUUCAUCUAUAAACACAAUUAUCAAUGCACACAAUUAACAGCAAACAAUAAUUAAACUUGAAAUAUGCUCAGGCACAUUUGUUUCAAUGAUAACCAUGUAUAUAACCUUAACUACAUAAACAUGAAGGACAUCCUAGUUACCUUUUAUACCUCGAUUGAAAAAAACAAACCCUUGUAGAUGACUUUUCACCCCUCGUACAGUUUUACUGCGGCUGUCCAGCUAUUCUGGUUUAGUAGGUUCUGGAACGAUCUACUGAAGUAUACUAUCCGACGACUAUACAAACGCUCAUCAGUUGGUUAUGUCAAGGGAAUGAGACACGGCGUCUUCACGGCCAUGUAUGACGUGUACAGUGCCACAUGGUAUGUUUCACUGAUACCUGUAUGGUGUUCCACAACUUUGGGAGAUAUUUUCUGUGGGGGGUAUUUUCUGUGGGAGGUAUUUUUAGGGGUCAAGAAGGGGUUAAUUUGGACGACCUAAUAUAGACAAGGCGUCUUGACCACGACAUUACAAUCUAUGUCGAAACGUCGCCUUUCACAGAAUAAAGAAGUUAGAUAUACAUGUACAUAAAAUUAUCAUCAUUCUUCGUCAUUUUGAGGGGUCAAAGAGGGGUUCAUUUGGACGACCGACCAUAGCAAUCAAGGAGGGACUUCUGUUCUCUGUCCCAGUUUUA